AUGCCUUUCUUCUUUUCUGGGGUCGUGGAAAAUUUGGGUUCAAUUCCCAUAGCCCCGAUGUGGCGCAAAAUACGAAGCCUUCGUCAUCUCUACAUGUCUGAUGUGGUUUGCUCGGAGCCUUUGAAAUUAGAUAUAUGGAAGCUAAUUUCUCUGGCCUUCGUCUCAAUUUAUGAUUAUGCAUUUGAGAACUUGGGGUGGAUGAGAAAGACUGGUUUGAAUUUAUUGGGCAUUGAAGACAUUGAUGAAAAUGCUAAUGUAAGCAAGUUGGUUGCAUCACUGAAGAAAGGGGACAUAAAUCAUUGCUCUUGCCUUGCCUUGAGAGGGUUCCACUUCAGAUGCAUGCCAUGUUUGGACGAGAUCGGAAAGAUAUAUAUGCUGCCAACACUCAAGUUGAAUCGACGUCUGGCUAGACUCCCUAAAACACAGGGUGGACUCUAUCGGGUUAGUGACUUGGUGUUGGUAAAUACGUGUCUUGAUGAAGACCCCAUGCCGUUACUAGAGGAGUUGCCCAAACUAAAGCGCCUCAAACUGCGGAAUGCGUACACUGGUCAAGAAAUGGUGAUCAAGAACAACGGGUUUCCUAAGCUCUGCGUCCUUAACAUCAAUGAGUUGUGGAAUCUGAGAAAUAUUCUAGUUGGAGAAGGUGUAAUGCCGAAGCUCGAGCAACUAGAAAUCAAGAAUUGUCCACAUCUAGAGACCCUCCCAAAGGAAAUAGGGUCGAUGAAGUGUUUGAGGAAGUUUAAAAUGCUUACGACCAGACACAUUGCAACGAAGAUAAAAAAUUCAGGCUUAAUCUCCAAAAUAUUGGAGGUGGAUAUUGGUCCAUUGUCAAGCAUGGCUUGA